AUGGGUGGCCUGAAAACUAUGUCUUUUUUCCGGACCAUUGUCCUGAUUGCUUGUGCAAUCUUUCCAUUCUCUACAGGAUUUCCUCACAGGAGUCUCACUCAUUAUCCACCAGAAAAUCAAUAUUCUCCAGGGUCUGGAACAUCAGCUCCAAAAUCUUCCCCAGCUUCAUGGUCUCCUGCAGCGUCACCAGAUCCUUCAUGGCCUAUACCAUUGACCCCUUCAGAAUCUCCAUCUCCAUGGUCUCAGCUUUAUCCUCCAGCUCCUUCACCGGCUAAAACAAGGCCUGAACCAUCCACUCCUGAAGCAUCUCCAUCUCCAUGGUCUCAGCAUUAUCCUCCACCAUCAGAAUUCAGUCCUAUAUCUUUUUCACAUUCAUUGCCUCCACUUGCAGAAUUGGCUCCUUUCUUGCCUCCAUUGCCAGCAUUGCCAUAUCCUGCGCCUUCAUCUCCAGCACCAAUGCCUUCUUCUGUGACUCCAUAUCCAUAUGUUGAACCUCCACCUCCAAUGUCCUCUUCCAUGCCUCCAUCAAUGCCAUAUCCUGAGCCUCCAUCUCAAUCUCCAAUUCUAUUAUCAAUGCCUCCUUAUCCAUCUGUUGAACCUCCACCUCCAAUGCCCUCAUCCAUGCCUCCAACAAUGCCAUGUCCUGAGNUUGAAAAUGUAACUAUAAGAAACUACAAGAUCAAUGUUCCAAUAUGUCCAAGCAAAAGCUAUAUAUAUAUAUCCAUUCUUUGGUAA